UUACCCAAUAUGGAGUACAAUGAAUGUGAAAAUGAUUAUUGCGACGAAAAUCAUGAUUCGAACAAGGAUGAUGAUAACAUGGACAUGGAUGAUCUACUGCCUCAAGUGGGGGAGUUCGGAACUUACCAGAAACUCAUGUUAUGGUUAGUUUGUUUACCAGCUUGUUUUCCUUGUGGUUUUGGAGCAUUUAAUCAACUGUUUAUGGCGGAUGUUCCUGACCAUUGGUGCAAGGUUCCAGGUUUACUUGAGUUUACCGAAGAAGAACAAAGAAAUAUAUCUAUACCGUUUAAUAACAAUUCAUUUUCAAAAUGUGAACGAUAUGCAGUAAACUGGACCCAGUUAUUGGAAGAUUCUGGAGACAGUUUAGAAGGAAUUUUUGUGAACACAUCUUGGCCAGUAGAAAAAUGCUUGGAUGGUUGGGUUUACGAUUUGAGUGAAGUUUCUUCUAGCAUCGUAAUUGAUUUCGAUCUGGUUUGCGACAAAGACAUUUAUCCUACAUUGGGGCUGGUUGCCUUAAACAUAGGAGGUCCUAUUGGUGUGUAUACAUUUGGAUGCCUUAAUGAUAUGAUAGGAAGAAAAAUAACAUUCUUCAUGUGCUUAACCACGCUACUUCUGGGAAGCGCCUUGACAAUAACAGCUCAAAACUUUUGGUGGUGGGCAGGAAGCAGAAUAGUAGUUGGAUUGACAAUACCAGCUAUGUACCAAAUACCUUUUAUAAUAUCUUUGGAACUCGUUGGUCCAAAUUACAGAUCAUUUGUAACGGUUUUGACUUGCAUGUUCUACACGGUAGGCCUGAUGAUGCUGGCUGGUAUAACGUAUUUGGUCCGCGACUGGGUCCUCUUAGGCCAAGUUACAUCAAUUCCAUUCGUCCUCUACUACUUCUACUGGUUUUUCUUACCGGAAAGUCCAAGAUGGUUGCUACUCAAAGGGAGAUUCGAAGAAGCUUCGAAGAUAUUGGAAACUUUAGCAGAAGUUAAUAAAAAAGAUCUGCCGGCUACGUUUAGACAACAGCUAAAAAGGAGAAUUAUGCACAAAAGAACUAAAAGUGAAGAGGAAAGACUUAAGAGGAAUCCAGGAUGCUCCGAUCUUUGCGGCACACCAAAUAUGAGACUGAAAACUACUUUGAUCACCAUUAACUGGUUUGCAAAUGAAACAGUUUACGUAGGUCUAAGUUAUUAUAGUCCUUCGCUGGGAAACAACGAAUACUUGAGCUUUUUCUUCGCCGCAGCAGUGGAAAUACCGAGCUAUCUGGGUUGUUUGUUAAUCAUGGACAGAUGGGGUAGAAGAUGGCCUAUCUGUAUGUGCAUGUUGAUAUGUGGAACUUGCUGCUUAGCAACAGUCACCUUACCGAGCGAUGAUGUACAAGCAACAUUGAUUUUAUAUUUAAUAUCCAAAUCGGCAAUAUCUGCAUCAUUUUUAAUUAUUUAUCCAUUCGCUGGAGAACUGUAUCCAACCCAAUUAAGAGGUUUUGGUAUAGGAACAUCAGCCUAUAUUGCUGGACUUGGACUUAUUAUAAUUCCCUUUAUAACUUAUCUGGGCUCAGAAAUGCUUAUUCUACCACUAAUAAUCAUGGGUAUAAUAUCGAUGAUUGGUGGUAUACUAGGCCUAAGGCUGCCAGAAACAUUACAUUACAGAUUACCACAGACAGUCGAAGAAGGCGAAGAAUUUGGAAAAGAUUUUGGAAUGAAAGAUUGUUUGCGAUGUAUACCAAUAAAACCAGUACCUUCGGUUAUUAACUCUUAUGAAAACUUAGAGCUUGCGCAAGCUCCAACUACCCUAGCCUCUGAGAAAACACCCCUUGAAUCAACUCUGCAACCCAGAAGAUCUAUGAAAAAGCUGUUGCGGCAGCAAAGCGUUAUGGAUACACAAAAGACAGCAGAUGGAACGAUGCAGAUGACAUAUUGGUUUUAGUUUAUUACAUGUAUAGUAUAAAGUUAUGUAUGUACCUAGGUAUUAGUUAUAUUUUUGUUAAUAAAGAAAAAUCGAAAAUUUUGA